AUGUCUUCUCUUCCUAAACCAAAGGCAAGAGUGGUCUCUAAGAGUAACGGGUACUACAUUGCUGCAAAAAACAAUAAGUUCAAAUCGGAGCAAGAAGAGAUAUUUUCUGAUAUUUUGGGUGAAGAUGUCGAUGAAAAAAUCAAACUUUCCAAGAAAUUAGCAACAAAUCAAUCCAACCACAAUUCAAAAUUACAAGAAUAUGAUUCAUUUGAAAAAACUGAUACAAUCAACAAAGUUUUCAAAGAGCUUGAUAAAAGACUUUCUGCCGAUAGUAAGAGAAUAUUGGCCCAAUACCAGCAGCCUGAUUACAAAACCCUUAAAGAUCUUGAUAUGAAUAUUGAUUUACUCUUGGACCCUGAAGUUAUUCCAUCAUCUAAAAAGUUAAAUUUUAAGAAGAGAGAAUACUUCAAGUCAGGAAAUGAUCCGAGAGUGUUGAACAACGAAGUGGAAAAAGAAGUUGAAGAAAGAAUUGAGAAUUUGAUUGAGAAGUUCCCAAAGGCCAAAACCAAUACCGCUUUGUUACAAUAUGCUCAUACCUUAUCGAAAGAAUUUUUAAGAAACAAAUUUUUAGAGCAGAAGCAUCAAGAAUUCCUAAUGAAGAACAGUCUGUUCCAAGAAAUGGAACAGAGCAACUUGGAGUUGAUCAAGUCAAAUAAUUCUGGAUCUGUGACCACUGGUGGGUUGAACAUUUCAUUAAAGCACCCUUAUAACAAGCACUACAAAGCUCCAAAGGAAACUUUAGACAUGAAUGCUCAAAAAUACAUGGAAAACAAUACCCAAAUUGCCGAGGAUUCUGAGAUUACUAAUUCUGUUGUCAAAGAUAAUGAUGUUGAUAUCAAAUCAAGAACUGCCAGUUUAUGCAUUGAUGAUAGCAAGUGUGGCACAGUCAAAAUUGGACCAGCUAGAGAAUCCUUAAUCGAAUCAAAUAAUACUAUCUCCUCUAAUAACAACAACAUUUCCACCAUUAAAGAGGGCCCAGAGGAAAUUAGGUCCAACACUACUGGCGGUAGUGUUGAUUCUCAACGCCAAACUUUUUAUCCAUCUACUAGAAGACAAAACUUGGGAAUGAGAAAUAACUUCGCUGAGAACCAAGCUCGGUGGAUGAGAGCCGCUCAUAAAUAUAGAACCAUGUAUGGAAACAAUAUGCCAGUUCAAAUGAUGAACAAUAGCAGAGCAGAAAGUCUGUACUCAUACAGAAGUAUGAUGAACCAUAAAAUGGCUAUCAGGUAUAGUCAAUUAUGUCUUUCACAGGAACAGAAACCAACUCAAGGUGCUAGCGAUUUAUCUAGCAACAUUUCUUUCCUCAAAGGUUCCUUGAAUGGGUUUGACCCAUUGAAGAACCUUGACAUGACCAGUAGUCGUCGCAGUAGUCCAAUGCUUAAAGCUUCCAAUCCAUUAACUCUUCCUGCUAUUAACACAGACAUUUGUUUGUCUAUCAACACCUACUCAAAUAAUUCUGCGGUUUCGACUCCAAACACUAUUAACUCUGCUGCAACUACAUUGCCUACCCCUGUUUCUACUGUUGCAACAUCAUUACCUUCCUCUAAUGGUUCUAUUGUUGGUGCUACCAGUUCAGGCUCUCCAAGAAGAGAAAACUUUGUUAGCAAGAAAAAUGCUAACCAGAAAUUCAAAUCCAAGUUGUCCAAUUCUAUCUCUGCUGAUGACAUGUAUAGAGAUAUGGCCGUUUGCAAGGUUGAAGAUGAAAAGCCUGCUGAUGUAAACAAGGAAUUGAGCAAAUUGGAACCAAUUAUUGAAGUCACCUCUAUUAUGGAAGGCAGAAAGUCGGUCACUAUCAGAGGGGUUGAAGCUGAAUUGUUGCAGACAACCAUGAAAUCUAUAGAUGGUGCUAGAAAAUCAAGGGAAAUUCAGCUUACUAGAAGAAAAUCCGAAAUCCAUGCUUUUGAAGCCAUCAAGGAAACCAAGAAGGCUGUUGACCAUUCCAAGCCACUGGGUAAAAAUUUGUCUCCACCAGGGGUUAUUAAGGCAACUGACAAAAUAGUUUCAACUGGAGAUUCAACAAAGAAGCUUGCUGAAGCCCCAGUCAUCAUUCCAAAGGCUACCAAAUCAACUGUUUCUUCUACCAUCACAGCUGCCCCUAAGAGAAUUGAAUCUGCUUCAGCCGGACAAAAAGCUUCUAGAUCCAAACUCUCAUUCUUCAAGAGAAAUAAGGGAAAGAAGGCAUUCAAGGUUGAAGAACAAGCUCCUCCAGUUCCUCCAUCGCCAUAUCAUCACAAUGAUGAAUACGCUGAUAUCAAUUCCUAUGAUGCAUUAAUUGACCUUUUGACAGUGGAAUCUAUUGCUGGUACAAUAGAAAACAAGGAUUUCCUUAAAGUUGAUGGUGCUGACGGAUUCUCAAGAGCUUCAAAUGCUUCCAGAUCUACCAUCCAAAAGAAUAGUGCUUUGGGAAUUAUUGUUCAACAUGAAAAUGAAUCUUCUGAUGAAUCUUCUGAGUCCGAAAAUGAUAUGGGCUCUCCUUUCUCCAAUGCUGAUUCUAGUCCUAAUACGAUUACUUCUGAUUUUGGUGAUGAGUACUCUGAAAUUCACUCUAGUCUUGAUUUUGAAACUCUUAACGAUAGGGAAUGUUUGAAGGCCAAAUUCAAGAAAGAUAUGAAGAGAAGUACCAUGUUGACUGAAUACAAUUUCUUUACCGAUGAAGACAUCGAAUUGAUUUUUGAUGAUGAGAAAUUCAACAAAGAAUUUAUCACCUUCAAUCGCAAGAGAAAGAGUUUCGACAUAUUUGAAACUUACAUGAUGGCUCUUACGAAGAUGGAUAUCAAACAAUAA